AUGGGUGGAAAGGAGUCCAAGUUAUCGUACAUCCCGUACGAGGAUGUUAUGAAGCGAAUACGGGAAAACGAGAUGAAGAGACUCAAGGAUGCUUUUAAACGGGUUUCAAGUUUUGGAGGGAUGAUGACUGAGAACAUGUUUACAAGGGAGGUGUUGGGGGACGGUGUACCAAACAACAUAUCACAGCUGCUGUAUAAGGGAUUUGGAGGGACUUCAAAAGGAAUGUCUUUGAAAGACCUUCUGACUGGAUUAGUCAUCAUCACCAAAGGUUCCAAGGAAGAUAAAAUCAAAUUGAUAUUUGGGAUGUAUGCUGAUGAAUCCUAUACGUAUGUCCAGAAAGAUGAUAUGGAUAGACGGAUAUUGGAGACAGAGGGACAAGUAUCAACAGCAUUAUCAGACCUUUUCCUUGAGAGUGACCAGGUUGGAUUUGACCAGUUCCGGUCAUGGCUGUAUCACCAUCCUGAUGCUACCAUCAUUACAAAAUGGUUGCUCAUGGAGCCAAUGACAAUAUCCCUGUCCAACGACACAGAUACGCCCACCUUUUACCAAACUCUGGCUGGGGUCACCCACCUGGAGGAGGAUGACAUCAGUGAACUUGACAAACGCUACUGGGUUUUAAAGUCACAAUCCAAGAGUGGCAAGUUUGACCUUGAAACGUUUCGGGCACUAGUGUGUCCGCCGGUGCCUGAAUCUGUGUGUGAAGGUCUGUUCAUGGCGUUUGAUGAGAACCGUGACAAUCACAUUGAUUUUAAAGAGAUGGCCUGUGGUAUAUCAGCGUGUUGCCGUGGUCCCAGUACAGAAAGACAGAAAUUUUGCUUUAAAGUUUUUGAUGCCAACCAUGACAACAAGCUGAACCAUGCAGAACUGAAAUGUAUGCUGAAUGCCUUACUGCUCAUUAGGUUUGAGAGCCGCAGUGUGGCAGAGCUGGAGGCUGAUAUGUUCCACAAGAUGGACCCACAUACGGUAGCCAGUGAGAUUCUAGCCUGUCAUGACACAGAUAAGGAUGGCUGUAUCUCGAUGGCGGAAUACCUAGUUUGGACAGUCAAUAACACGCUCGCUGACGACUUCCUAGAUCUCCUUAGUCAAAUUUGUCAUAUAGUAUUGGGACUAAAGCCUCAGAAAAGAGAAGAAGAAGGGAAAAUUGUCAAUGAUUGGCUGUCACGGGAGUCACGGAAACCGUUCCGUGUGGGACAAGUAUGGUACCUGAUAGCUAUGCAGUGGUGGAACUCCUGGGUAGAAUAUGUCAGUCCUACGGCUGUCGAGGCUAAUGGCUUGUUGGAUCAGAAUGGUAUAGAGAAGGGAUCAUUCCUUGAUUCACCUGUACACCAAAGGAUUACUAAAGGAAAGCAUCAAUCAAAAACUCUUCCUUGGGAUGAUGAUUCUGUGAUUGUUGUCAAUGUUACCAAGGGAACGAACUCUGAACUGGGUGGUGCGACCAAUCAAGUUCGUAACCACACUUUACCUCGGGCCUCAAACUCGAGCUCUGUGUAUAGCAGCCCUCUGAGGCAUUGUCUAAAUCCUGGUGAAUCGGUUGUGGCCAAUCGCAGUCCUAGUCCCUCUCCAAAACUGCGCAAGAAAAAUGUUCAUUCGUGUAAUUCUGUACCCCCUCGACCAGGAGCAAUCGACAAUAGUCAGCUAAUAGCUCCCAACACCACCAAGGUGUCAUCCCUAACUAAUGAAGGGGGUCGUCUCAAAAGAGAUACAAUGUUAGUGAGAGGAAAAGAUUUUGAGCUAGUCCCAGAGCCAGUGUGGCGAGCCCUGUCUGUAUGGUAUGGGACAAAUACACCACUUCCAAGAACUGUGAUAGCCUCGGCAAACAAUGAUGGAAUUCCAGAGUUGGAACUAUACCCUGUAACAGUGCGAUUACAACGCCAUCAAAUGCCUAGUCAACGCCCCGCCCACAUGACCACAUUGACUGGCAUGAUGUCCGGCAUUGGUGGUAUGGCAUUAUCAAUGACCAACUUUGUGGCUAACAAUCCCCCAAUGCCACGUCGGUUUGUGGCAUAUUCAGCAACGUUUAGUCAGCAGCACACUCUACAGCAGGUGUACGAGUUUCUGUGUACAAAACUGAGGCUAAAUAGGGAAGAUAUGCGCCUCUGGAAGAUAGGACAGAAAGAAGAUAACAUGUCACUGCUGGACGAUGAGAAUAUGCUGAUAGAGGAAUGUUAUUUAGAAGAAAACCAGCUUGUCCUCAUAGAAAUUCGUAACAAAGAUCUCACUUGGCCGGAGGAAAUGUCACAACUUGCCAAGAACAAAACUUGUCGUAAAGACCAAGCUCCCACCCAGAAAGGCGCCACAGGUCUGAAUAACCUUGGUAACACAUGUUUUAUGAAUGCUGCAGUUCAAUGUGUUUCCAACACCUGGCCUCUUACUCAUUACUUCAUUGGUGGACUGCACCUGUUUGAACUCAACAGGACAAACCCUCUGGGUAUGAAAGGACACAUUGCUCAACGGUAUGGUGAUCUAGUCAAGGACCUCUGGAGUGGGACAGCCAAGUCAAUAGCUCCUCUCAAACUUCGGUGGACGAUAGGGAAAUAUGCGCCUCGUUUUAACGGCUUCCAGCAACAUGACUCUCAGGAACUUCUCAGCUUUCUGUUGGAUGGCCUUCAUGAAGAUCUCAACAGGGUUCAUGACAAACCAUAUGUUGAGUUGAAGGACAGUGACGGUCGACCAGAUAACACAGUGGCUGAGGAGGCAUGGGAAAACCACUUGAAGAGGAACCAAUCAAUCAUUGUUGACUUUUUUCACGGUCAACUGAAAUCUGAGGUCAGGUGUCAAGAGUGUAGCCAUGUCAGUGUGAGGUUUGAUCCCUUCAAUUACCUGUCUCUACCCCUACCUAUGGAGAGUUGUAUACACCUAGAGGUCAUAGUGAUGCGUCUGGAGGGAUCUGUCCCGAAGAAGUACGGGCUUAGAUUGAACAUGGACGAGAAGUACCGAGCCCUGAAGAGAGAGCUCAGUAAGCUAGCCAACAUUCCAUUUGAUCAGAUCCUCUUUGUGGAAAUCAUGGGACCACUUGUCAAGACCCUACCCAAAGAUGAUCAGAAAGUUCGGACAUUACUAGGGGGUGUACUAUAUGCCUACGAGCUCCCUCCACCGGAGGAUAUCAAACCCCUUACCCUAGAGGAGGAAAAAAAUAAUAAAUCCAAGAGUAAUUUGGGGCUAAAUGACAUACAGAGAGGACUCACAAAAGCCAAAGUUCAGACAAAGCUAUCCAAUGGUAAUGUAUUACCUACAAGUCUUACUACAAGUUCUGACAGUGGAUCUCUCUCAACUGGAAACACACCAUCACAUUCCCGUAACCCAAGCGAUGCAGGAAUGAUGGGAAGUCUUAAUGGAACACCAGAAAAUAACAACAGUAUGGCAAGAUCUGUAGGGGAGAUCUUGUUUAAAGGCUUCGUCAUCAGUGUUCACAGGAAAAUGAACCUGAUGGAUGUUUACUUCCUAUCAUCUCAGAAAACUCGCCCGUGUUUGUUUGGGACACCAAUUAUUCUUCCAUGUUCUGAGAAGACAAAUAACCUUGACCUUUAUCAGUUUGUAUGGACACAGGUUUCUCGCCUAGUCAGUCCCUUACCCCCAUCAGAGGCCAAAUCAGCAAAUCAUGCACAGGACUGUGAUGACAGUCUGGGAUACGAGUACCCUUUCACACUGAAGGUCGUACAGAAGGAUGGACUGACAUGUGCCUGGUGUCCCUGGUAUAGGUUCUGCCGUGGAUGUCGACUGGAAUGUACCUCAGAUCCUUUUAACUUUGGAAGUUCCUUUAUAGCCAUCGACUGGGAACCUACAGCACUACAUCUACGCUACCAAACCUCGCAUGAGAAAUUAUGGGAGGAACACAGCAGUGUUGAAGAGAGUCGGCGACGGCAGACAGAGCCCAUUGACCUUGACACAUGUCUGCAAGCUUUCACGAAGGAGGAGGAGCUAGGGGAGGAUGAGUUGUACUACUGCUCUAAGUGUAAAAAACAUUGUCUAGCAGUGAAAAAACUAGACAUCUGGCGACUACCCCCUAUACUGAUUAUAAACUUAAAAAGAUUCCAGUUUCUAAAUGGAAAAUGGGUCAAGUCUCACAAGAUUGUCAAGUUUCCUGUAGAAGAUUUUGACCCAUCAAAUUACAUUGCACCAACCAGGAAAAUUGACAACAAAAGUCAGAAUUCUACCACCAGCACCUCCUCUGAGGAGAGCCUCAACCAAAGUAACCACUGCUGUCAGAACUUAAACCCCUCGACCCAACAUAACCCUGUGCCAAAUGAGCGGAUGUGGGGCUCUGUUUCUAGUGGAAUCUCUUCUGAUGAAUCUGGUUCUGUAAUGGAUGUCAGUGACUACAGUCAGAUGAAUGGAGACAUAAGGACAGGAGACAGCAGUGAGUCUUCCAGUCUCAGUAAACCCUGCCAGCUGUGUACUGCCAAGCGUGGCAAUGACUACUCCAAUGUCAAGUACAACCUUUAUGCAAUGUCGUGUCACACGGGAAUACUUGGUGGAGGACAUUAUGUUGGAUAUGCAAAGAAUCCCAACAAGAAGUGGUACUGUUAUAAUGACAGCAGUUGUAAGGAGAUUCCUUCUAACAGUUUGGAUACCAACUCUGCCUAUAUCUUAUUCUACGAACAACAAGGUUUAGAUUUUGCCAAAUUUAUGCCAGAUUUAACAGGGAAAGAACCAGAUCUUCAGGAGAUUGAGGAUGAGUUUGAAUCAGACUUUAAAAAGAUGUGUGUUCUCCAAUGACACACACCAGCACGGUACUGGAACAGACUGUAGCUACUUUACAAGGUACCAUUGUACACCUUUUCCACCAUGGGAGUUCAGACUGUACUGGAACAGACUGUGCCUAGUUACUAAGGUACUGUUGUACACUUUCCACUG